AUGAUACCAUCAACAUUAAAAACUAUCUUUGUCGAUGGUGAUCUCGACGAUUCAUCAAUUUUACUCGAUGUACAACAUCCAUAUCGUGAUAAAGAUCUUCUUUUAACAAAUCAUUUCGAUGAUGUCGACGAUGAUAUUCGUGAUCAGAACUCACCAUUCUUUGGUCUAUUUCCACCAACAGCGGAUACAUCAUCUACACUUCUGUCGGCAUGUAUAAGCCACGAUAGUUCAGGUUCAAGUUCAAAUGGUUCAUCCACGGCAUUUUCUUUUACGGAUUCUGCAUAUGCAUCAUCACAAUCGCCACCACCACCACCACCACCACCACCAUCAUCAUCAUCAUCACAAUCCCAAAAUUUGAAUAAUAUCACCAGUCAAUCCAUUUCAAUCUUGCGUGGCCUUCAAUCACAACAACAACAAAAUUCUUUACAACAAAAAUCACCGAUUAAACCAGUGGCAUCAACACAUUUAUCGUUACUUCCUGGUUUAACAACCUCAUCGCCAAGUUCAAGUUUAUCAAGUGUUCAUUCAACAACAGAUAACUUAUGUUGUGCAUCAUCAUCAUCAUCAUCAGCUUUUUAUACCAAACAACAACAACAACAACAGCAAGAUUAUCAUUACAACUAUUGGAAUUGUCCUGGAUGCCAAGAAGCUUAUAAACAAAAUCGCCCACAAGUUCUUCAAUGUUUUCAUUCAUUAUGUGAAACAUGUAUAGAAAAGUUAUCAGAAAAAGAAAAUCGAAACAUAUCUUGUCCAUUAUGUGGCUUAACAACAAUGUUGACAGAUAUUUUACCUGAUUAUACAAUACAAAAUAAUCCUUCAAAUCUAUCGAAUGAUUAUAUGUUACCAUUAGGAGAGAGUUCUACACAAUAUUGUACGGCAUGUAAAAGCUCAGAAUCAAUGGCUGUAGCUAAAUGCUUCCAAUGUUCGAGUUUCCUAUGUCAUCAAUGUGUUUGUGCACAUCAAAUAAUGAAUUGCUUUGAAGGUCAUCGUGUUGUGCAUAUAAAGGAACUUGAUUCAAAUGGCAAUGAUCUUCGGUUAAUUUUUUGCCCAAUACAUAAAAAUGAAACACUAAAAUAUUUUUGUGCUACUUGCAAUAUGCCAAUUUGUUCAACUUGUGCGACAACUGAUCAUGGUCGUGUUGGACAUGAAUUUAUUUCGUUAAGUGAUGCUGGAUCACAUCAAGUAGCAAAAUUACAACAUAUCGUUGAAAAUACUCGUCAACGUUUAAUAGAUUUAAAGCAUUCACAAAAAUUAAUCGAUCGAUCAUAUACUUUAUUACAAACUCAAUAUAAUAAAGCACAACAUGAUAUUAAUGAAACAUUUAAUUUUUAUCGACAAUUAAUUGAUGAAAGAAAAAAUGAUCUUAUUAAAGAAUUGGAUAAUACAUUUGGUGAAAAACAAAAUGUUUUAACAAAUCAAAUACAAAAAAUUGAUGAAGCUGUUGAACGGGCUAAUUUGCCAUUGGAGUUUUCUGACCGUUUAUUUAAAAAUUCAUCAACGACAGAAAUUUUAAUGUUUAAAAAACAACUUGAGAAUAAAUUGAAUGCACUCAAUAUUAUUCUACCCGAUACUAAUGGUCAAUCAACAUUUGAAUUAGAAUUCGUUUCAAAUUUUCAAGCUAUACAAACCGGUAUACGAAAUACGUUUGGUUAUGUAAGAUCAUCUCCAGAAACAGUAACAUUGAACAAUCCUUUCCAACCUCGUACACAAAAGCUCAUCAAUGAAAAUUUCAAUAAAGUAAUUGGUCCACCAUCGGUAGCUGGUUGCCAUAACCAUAGUCACCAUCAACCACCAAAUAGCCUUUCAAGACUGAGUCCAACAAAAUCACUUCAACAACAAACAGCUAAUACAAGUCAUCUAUUAAAUGGUAUUGAUAUACUUUCAUGUAGUUUACCUCAAACAUCAAUGAAUAAAUAUUCGAAUUUAUCCACAUCAACACCAACACCAAUCAGUUUUUCAUUAUCAUCAAAUACUCUUGAUAUGCAUUCAUAUGAAUUAUGGUCAAAUGCAGCACAAUCUCAACAGCAACUAUCAAGUUCAUUAACAUCAAGUAAUGGUAAUGGAAAUCUUAAUGGACAAGAUUCUGUCGUUGAUCUUGUGGAUAGUUUAUCAUCACUUGACGGUUAUUCAUCACUUGCUCAGAAUUUAUUAUUACCAUCGCGUUCAAAUAAUUCAUCAUUAAAACGACAAAAGAUGAUCUAUCAUCAGAAAUUUGGUGAAUUCGGUGUACUUGAAGGGCAAUUUACUGAACCAUCGGGUGUUGCUGUUAAUGCUCAAGGCGAUAUUAUUGUUGCCGAUACAAAUAAUCAUCGUAUACAAAUAUUUGAUUCUAAUGGACGUUUUCGUUUUCAAUUUGGUGAAUGUGGAAAACGUGAUGGACAAUUAUUAUAUCCAAAUCGUGUUGCUGUAUUUCGUCAAUCAGGUGAUAUUGUUGUUACUGAACGUAGUCCAACACAUCAAAUACAAAUUUAUAAUCAGUAUGGACAAUUUAUACGUAAAUUUGGUGCCAACGUCCUACAACAUCCACGUGGUGUUUGUGUCGAUAAUAUGGGUCAUAUUAUCGUUGUUGAAUGUAAAGUCAUGCGUGUAUUUAUUUUUGAUACCAAUGGAAAUGUUUUGAAUAAAUUUACAUGUUCAAAAUAUUUAGAAUUUCCAAAUGGUGUUUGUUGUAAUGACAAACAAGAAAUAUUUAUAUCAGACAAUCGUGCACACUGUAUUAAAGUAUUUUCAUAUGAUGGACAAUUUUUACGUACAAUCGGUUCAGAAGGUAUAACUAAUUAUCCAAUCGGAGUUGUACAAAAUAGUCAAGGUGAUGUACUUAUUGCUGACAACCACAAUAAUUUCAAUUUAACAAUUUUUAAUCAAGAUGGUCAAUUAAUAAGUGCUCUAGAAUCCAAAGUGAAACACGCACAAUGUUUCGAUGUUGCACUUAUGGAUGACGGAAGUGUUGUACUAGCAAGUAAAGAUUAUCGCAUAUAUGUUUACCGUUAUUCGAUGACAUCGUCACCAGCGAUUGGAUCUGGUGGAGGCAAUGGAAUUACGGGCAAUAAUACAACACCUCCAUCACCUCUGUCAUCUUCAUCAACAACACCAAGUAGUAGCCAAAUGAUGGGUGCUGAAUGCACAUCGCCGUCUUUAAUGAGUGGGCAUAGUGAAACUACAUCAAUUAUCAAUAAUGGGUAUUAA